AUGAUGAAUGCAUCUAAAAUCAAGCGUCGGAUCGGUAAAUACGAAGUGGGAAGGACGAUUGGCGAGGGAACAUUUGCAAAAGUGAAGUUCGCCCGGAAUUCUGAGACAGGGGAAGCUGUGGCUGUCAAGAUCCUCGACAAAGAGAUGGUCCUCAAACACAAAAUGGCAGAGCAGAUAAAAAGGGAGAUAGCAACAAUGAAGCUAAUAAAGCAUCCAAAUGUUGUCCGCUUAUAUGAGGUAAUGGGUAGCAGGACAAAGAUAUACAUCAUUUUAGAAUUUGCGACUGGGGGAGAGCUUUUUGACAAAAUUGUCAAACAUGGAAGGAUGAGUGAGGAUAAAGCACGAAAGUACUUCCAGCAACUAAUUAAUGCUGUUGACUAUUGUCAUAGCCGUGGUGUUUAUCACCGAGACUUAAAGCCAGAAAAUUUGCUGCUGGAUGGUUGUGGAAAUCUUAAAGUUUCUGAUUUUGGACUGAGUGCAUUGUCACAAGAAGUCAGGGAUGAUGGACUUUUUCACACGGCUUGUGGAACUCCAAACUAUGUUGCUCCCGAGGUCCUAAAUGAUAGAGGCUAUGAUGGGGCAACUGCAGACUUGUGGUCAUGUGGAGUAAUACUCUUUGUAUUGCUUGCAGGUUACUUGCCCUUUGAUGAUGCUAAUAUUCUGAAUCUGUACAAAAAAAUUUUGGCUGCAGAGUUUACUUGUCCCCCCUGGCUCUCUUUUGGUGCCAUGAAGUUGAUAACUCGUCUAUUGGACCCGAAUCCCGUGACCCGUAUUAUCUUUCCUGAAAUUUUGGAGGAUGAAUGGUUCAAGAAGGAUUACAAGCCCGCCGUUUUUUACGAGAAAGAAGACACGAGCUUGGAUGAUGUUGAAGCUGUUUUUAUGGAUUCAGAGGCACACCAUGUGACCGAGAAGAAGGAGGAACCGCCAACCCCCAUGAAUGCAUUUGAUUUGAUUUCGAUGUCUAAAGGGCUAAACCUUGGGAAUUUAUUUGAUGGGGAACAGGGAUUUACAAGAGAAACAAGGUUCACAUCCAAAUGCGCUGCGAAUGAGAUCAUAAACAAGAUUGAAGAAGCUGCAAAGCCCCUUGGUUUCGGUGUUCACAAGAAGAAUUACAAGAUGCGGCUCGAAAAUUCAAAAGCUGGGAGGAAGGGGAACUUAAACGUUGCAACGGAGAUCUUCCAAGUCGCACCGUCGCUUCAUAUGGUUGAAGUGCGAAAGGCAAAAGGAGACACCUUGGAGUUCCAUAAGUUCUACAAGAGCCUUACGAACUGCCUCGAGGGCAUUGUUUGGAAAACUGAGGAAGAUAUGCAAGAAACGAAGUAGAGAAGCUCGGCGGAGUAUACAAUUUUUGAGAUUAACUUCAUCUUGUCACCUUCCCAACUGUCAUGCUUUUGCUUUGUAUCUUCGUUCUUGGAUUGCAUCAUCAGACAAAACUAAACUUCAGCCGUAUCAUUGUAAUCAUGUUGCAUGAUUAAGAAACGGUGUCACAAUUUCUUCGG